GUUGUGAAUGUCUCUCCACCUGUGAGUGCGUUCAGUAAAAUGGCUGAAUCCAGUGUUUCUUUGGCUCAGAAUGAGUUCAGCUGUUCAGUUUGUCUGGAUCUACUAAAGGAUCCAGUGACCAUUCCCUGUGGACACAGUUACUGUAUGAGCUGUAUUACAGGCUACUGGGAUCAAAACAGUGUCUACAGCUGCCCUCAGUGCAGACAGACCUUCACUCAAAGACCUGUUUUAGGUAAAAACACCAUACUGGCUGAAGUGCUGGAGAAACUCAAGAAGGCAAAACGCCAAGCUGCUCGUCCUGCUCAAUGUUUCGCUGGAUCUGGAGAUGUGGAGUGUGACCUCUGUACUGGGAGAAAAUAUAAAGCCAUCAAAUCCUGUCUGGUGUGUCUGGAAUCUUACUGUAAAAAUCAUUUUAAACGUCAUGAAGAAUUUCACUCUGGAAAGCGACACAAGGUGACUGAUGCCAAUGGACAACUGCAGGAGAUGAUCUGCCCUCUACAUGAUAAACUGCUGGAGAUUUUCUGUCGUACUGAUCAGCAGUGUAUUUGUUAUAUGUGUAUGGUAGAUGAACACAAAGACCACAACACUGUAUCAGCUGCAGCAGAGAGGACUGAGAAACAGAGACAACUGGAGGAGACACAGAGAACAAACCAGCUAAGAAUCCAGGAAAGACAGAAGGAGCUUGAGGAGCUGAGAGAGGCUGUAGAGUCUCACAAGCGCUCUGCACAGGCAGCAGUGGAGGACAGUGAGAGGAUCUUUACUGAGCUGAUCCGCUCCAUUGAGAGAAGCUGCUCUGAGGUGACACAGCUGAUCAGAGAUCAGGAAAAUGCUGCAGUGAGUCGAGCUGAAGGACAACUGGAGCAACUGGAGCAGGAGAUUGAAGAUCUGAGGAGGAGAGACGCUGAGCUGGAGCAACUUUCACACACAGACAAUCAUAUCCAUUUCCUCCAGAGUUUCCAGUCUCUCUCUGUUCCUCCUGGAUCUACAAACUCACCCAGCAUCACUGUUAGUUCUAUUCCAUCUUUUGAUGAUGUUGAAAAAUCUGUGUCUCAUCUGAGAGAGAAACUGAAGCAUUUCUGCAGAGAGGAGAUAGAAAUGUUAUCUGGUAGAGUGAGAAACAUCAACAUCAUUCCCAUCUCUGAACCCGAGACCCGUGAGGAAUUCCUAAAAUAUUGCCGUCAGCUCACUUUGGAUCCAAAUACAGUGAAUAAAAACCUGGUACUGUCUGAAGAGAACAGAGUGAUUGAAUACACUCGUGAAGAACAGCUGUAUCCAGAUCAUCCAGACAGAUUUGAUGGUUUUCCUCAGGUGUUGUGUAGAGAGAGUGUGUGUGGACGCUGUUACUGGGAGGUCGAGUGGAGUGGUUGGGUGGGUAUAUCAGUGUCAUAUAAGAGAAUCAGCAGGAAGGGAUGGGGAAAGGAGUGUGAGUUUGGUUGUAAUGAUCAGUCCUGGUGUUUGUACUGCUCUGACUCCAGCUGCUCAUUCUGGCACAAUAACAGAAGAACUGAACUCCCUGUAGUCUCCAGCUCCUCUAGAAUAGGAGUGUAUGUGGAUCACAGUGCAGGAACUCUGUCCUUCUACAGCGUCUCUGACACAAUGACCCUCAUUCACAGAGUCCACACCACAUUCACUCAGCCUCUCUAUGCUGGGUUUUGGGCUAACAAAUAUUUGAAAGGACUAAUGUUUUUCUUUUCAAAAGCGACACUCUGUGAUCUCACAAUAUAGAUGGUACAUACUUUCUAUUCUCAAGAUAUAGCCAUGUUUUGAAUUUUGACAUUUAUUCUUAUGUUUACCUCAAAUAUUAUCAAUGCAAUAUUAAUUUAUUUAUUCACUGAUUUGAUUGAUCACUUGCAAUGAUGCUUAUUAUUUGUUACAUAUGAAAUAGUCUUUUAAAUGGAAAUAACUGCAUUUAAAUGAACUGUGUUAAAUAACAUCACAUCAUAUCCAUUUGUGGCUGUCAUAAUCUUAUUCUCUUGAUUCCAGCAAUUUCUAGAAAUCCCUUGCAUAAACAAAUGACCUCUAAUUAUCAUUAUUAAAACAGAGGGAGUGCACACCAUUUUACUUAAUGGAAUUUAAACUUGAAUUAAAAAUUAUUUGUAACAUUACUUUUAUUGAGUGAGAAUGAGGAUCUGCAAGGUCAGUCUCAAUUUUUAAGCACUGGCCUACAUACAAAC